AUGUCAGGAAUUUACCAAAACGAACGCGGCCAGGGCAUGUCCCAUGCGACAGGCCCCUCCAAGGUCCCUGAGAGUAUAGCACACCAGGUUCCCAAGGGUCUAGAAAAAAGCCUCCCCAAUUCUAUUCACCCCACCGGUACCGACAUGGGCCAGUCGCCCGACAAAACACACGCUAAAGACGACGGUAAUGCUUCUAUGGUUCCCCAAAAGCUGCAGGAGAAGCUACCAGAAGGCAUUGAGAGGGCUGUACCAAAUGCCAUUCAUGAUACUGGCGACACCAGCGGAGCGCACCGCAAGCAUUAA